AUGCCAACUUAUUACGAUACCAUCAUCGAUCCUUCGGGCGAGAGACUUUCUAGCGAAGCCGCCGAAGUCAUCUCCGAGAUGAACCGCCAGCGCUCACCUCUUCUUCGCCUACCUGCUGAGAUACGGAACAAGAUCUACGGAUAUGCGCUCGGUGGUAUGGAGCUUCGCAUCUCCUACAGAACCAGGAAAUUCGCCCUCCUUUCUGCAUUGUCUUAUGAUCCGUCCGUCUCGCUCACACCUCUCCAUCGACGCGUCGGCUUGACGCUCGUGUCUCGGCAGCUCUACGCGGAGACCAAGACUCUACCAUUCGAACUAUGCACUAUGGAUAUCAUAAGGUCCUCGUUCCCUAAUCAAAUAGAGAGACUGAACACCACUCAGCGUCAGGCCAUAUCAAUCAUACGUGCGCAUUACAUGAACGCUAGAGAUGGCAAAGUAUGGGCCAUUCUGUGGCCAGAGGUCAGAGUGCUGACGGGGCUGAAGCGCGUGGAAGUUUACUGCUGUCCAAAUUUGGGACUAUCGGGGCGUAUACAUUUAGUCGAGGCUGUCGAGAAGGGACUCGGUCGAGAUGAUGUAGACAUCGUGGUCGAUUCUUAG